AGUUGUCUGAGCGAGCGCGAGCCGGGAGCCGGGGCGGGUGCGGGCGGAGGCGGGCCGGCCGGGCUGUGCGGGGCGAGCGGCGGCGGCGGUGAGGCGGGCGGCGCGGGCAGCGGGGGCAUCUCGGCCGGGGCCGCAGCGGGGCGCCGGCGGGAGCCAGCAGCGUCUGCAGCCGCGCCAGCCGCCCGCGCCCCGGCGCGCUCCGGCUCGGCCAUGGAGCUGCCAGCUGUUGGCGAGCACGUCUUCGCGGUGGAGAGCAUCGAGAAGAAGCGGAUCCGCAAGGGCAGAGUGGAGUAUCUGGUGAAAUGGAGAGGCUGGUCCCCCAAAUAUAACACGUGGGAACCCGAGGAGAACAUCCUGGAUCCCAGGCUGCUGAUCGCCUUCCAGAACAGGGAACGGCAGGAGCAGCUGAUGGGAUAUCGGAAGAGAGGGCCAAAGCCCAAACCACUGGUUGUGCAGGUACCCACCUUUGCCCGUCGCUCCAAUGUACUGACCGGACUCCAGGACUCCUCCACUGACAACCGUGCCAAGCUGGAGCUGGGCACGCAGGGCAAGGGCCAGGGCCAUCAGUACGAGCUCAACAGCAAGAAGCACCACCAGUACCAGCCGCACAGCAAGGAGCGGGCGGGCAAGCCCCCGCCGCCUGGCAAGGGCGGCAAGUACUACUACCAGCUCAACAGCAAGAAGCACCACCCCUACCAGCCCGACCCCAAAAUGUACGACCUGCAGUACCAGGGUGGCCACAAGGAGGCACCCAGCCCCACCUGCCCGGACCUGGGGGCCAAGAGCCACCCACCCGACAAGUGGGCGCACGGCACCGGGGCCAAGGGCUACCUGGGAGCCGUGAAGCCCCUUGCCAGUGCAGCUGGCACCCCGGGCAAAGGCCCCGAGAAGGGCCCCCCCAAUGGAAUGACGCCGGCCCCCAAGGAGGCUGUGACGGGCAACGGGAUUGGGGGAAAGAUGAAGAUCGUCAAGAACAAAAACAAGAACGGGCGCAUCGUGAUCGUGAUGAGCAAGUACAUGGAGAACGGCAUGCAGGCCGUGAAGAUCAAGUCGGGGGAGGCGGCCGAGGGCGAGGCCCGCUCCCCCAGCCACAAGAAGCGCGCCGGGGAGGAACGCCACCCCCCUGGGGACAGGACUUUUAAAAAGGCAGCGGGCACGGAGGAGAAGAAGGCGGAAGUGCCCUCCAAGAGGAGGGAGGAAGAGGCUCCAGGGGCGGGCGACCCGCAGCCGCAGGACGCCAGCUCCCGCAAGCUCUCCCCGACCAAGGAGGCCUUUGGUGAGCAGCCCCUGCAGCUCACCACCAAGCCCGACCUGCUGGCCUGGGACCCGGCCCGGGGCACGCACCCCCCUUCUUCCCACCACCACCACCACCACCAUCACCACCACCACCACCACCACGCUGUGGGCCUGAAUCUCUCCCACGCGCGCAAGCGCUGCCUGUCCGAGACCCACGGCGAGCGCGAGCCCUGCAAGAAGCGCCUGACCGCGCGCAGCGUCAGCACCCCCACCUGCCUGGGGGGCAGCCCUGCAGCCGAGCACCCCGCCGACGUGCCACCCGCUCCCGCCGCCGCCCUCCCGCAGCCCGAGGUCAUCCUGCUGGACUCGGACCUGGACGAGCCCAUAGACUUGCGCUGCGUCAAGACGCGCAGUGAGGCCGGGGAGCCGCCCAUCUCCCUCCACGUGAAGCCUGAGGCGCCGGCGGCGGUGGCGGUGGCAGCGGCAACCGAUACGGCAGCGGAGAAGCCUCCGGCCGAGGCCCAGGACGAGCCCGGGGAGCCGCUGAGCGAGUUCAAGCCCUUCUUUGGGAAUAUAAUUAUCACCGACGUUACCGCGAACUGCCUCACCGUUACAUUCAAGGAGUACGUGACAGUGUAGCCGGAGGGCGUCGGAAGGGGAAGCCCCAUUCCGCGGGGUGCUUAGCACCUGGGGCCUCGGGCCGGCUUUCCUCGUGCCAACCCCGGGAGAUCUGGGCUGGCCCCGGGGUGAGGACUCCGGACCGUGGUAACCACGUCCCUCGGAGGGCGGCUGGCUGGCUGUCGGAUCCCGCGGAGGCUCCUUCCACUUGGUGCCUGCGGGUCUCGCGCUCACCGUCCCCUCCUCCCCUGUGGACCUCCGGGACUGACAAGGCAGCCGCGCGUGGCGGCCUCAGAGUUCUAUAGUGUUAUAUUUUAACCGUGCUAACUUGUCAAGUGCUGACUCUACCCUCUUUGUACGUGGUGUUAUUAUUGAAAUGUAUUGUCUGAGCUCAAAAGGCCCGAACACCCCCCUUCGGGCUGCUAUAUAUAUAUUUAUUUGUAGGUAUUUAUAUAUUGAAAUAUAAAAACCUAGAUUUAUGGAGUUUCCUCUAGAUCAUGUUAUAUUCUAUAUCAGACAAACUAUUUUCUGUUGACUCCCCCCUACAGUGUUUUGGUUGAUUUCAUUUCCUCCCCUUUCCAGGAACUGCAAUACCAGUAACCUUGGUAUAUAUUUUUUGAUACUGUACACAUGGAUGUGUUGUUUCUAUGUGCAAAAAAAAAAAAAAGUUUGUUAAAAGGCUAAAGGAGCUCUCUAGAAACUGCUGCUACUAGAAAUGUCUAAACUAUAAGCUUCCAAUUAUUACCUGCUUGAAUGUAAAUAUUAAAUGGAGAUGUUGAAGGUGCA